AUGGAGAAGAACCUGCAAUGGUGGACCGAGGUUGCAGUUAUCAUAACAGUAUUCAUCAUAGGGCUUGUAGGAAACAUAUUUGUUCUCAUUAUAGUUAACGAGAGAAACGCUAGGAAGACAAUUCAUGGAACAUUUGUUAUAAGUCUGGCUAUUGCAGAUUUGGUUUUGCUGUGUUCGGACUCGCCUGUUUCUAUUUUACAACACUUCAGCCUUACGUCUGAAACAUACAACUGCAGAGUACAUCUGACUGUUGUUACAACCGGAUACAAUGCAGGACUUUUCACCAUCACAUCCAUGGCGAUCUAUCGGUGCUAUGUUGUAACAAAUCCUUGGAGGCCAAAGCUAAAACGAAGAGGUGCAGUAAUAUGGGUGUCUUUCGUGUGGCUGACAGCUUUUAUUUUUGUUAUUCCACUCAUUGUUGUUAGUAAAAUAACAAAAGAUGGCAAAUGUAAAGAAGAUUGGCCUUCCCUUGCUCAUCGCCAGGCAUACACCGUCUCACUCCUCACAGCACAGUAUAUUUUACCGCUGCUGAUUACUGCAAUUUGCUACACACGAAUAUGGCUUUUUAUGAGAAAUCGACCGAUGUUUCCGAGAAACAGCAAUUUAUUCACUAACAGACGGAUCCCACAAGAAGAAAAUACAAGAGAGAGUGUGAUAAUACUGAAAACCGUGGCAGUAAUUGUGUUCUUGUUUUUGGUGUUGUUGUUGCCUAAUCAAGUCGCGUGGAUGCUGUUGGAUUUCAGAAAUGUUUCCUAUGAAGAACUUUGGUUUGUUGCAGAUAUACUAACAAGACUCCAUAGCUGUCUAAACCCAGUCGUCUAUGGGGUGAUGAAUAAACAGUACCGCCGUAGUUACGUCACGUUUUUAACACGCACCCUGUGCUACCGUCACGUGUCACGUGUCGCGCAGGCGCCAACAUAGGAUAAAAGAUAAAGAUGAAAGAUACAUAGUUUAUUCACAAUCGCUUUGCAACUAGAAAUUGAAUUACACGCUUAUUACAAAAGAUAAUAUCAAUAGUAGCAUUAACUAGAACUAUCAGUGGUUUAAAGCAAGUUUUUACGAAAAUUUGUUUUACAUCUGUUUUGGUUAUAAAUGAAAUAUGUCGAUUAAAUCUAAAAUUCUAUUAAAAUAGGUUUAGGCUUUAAGGGCAUUAAAAGUGAUAAAACUGUUAAGAAAUCUUUUUGUCUUGAACACGCGCUUAAACUUCCGUUUAUUUUUAAGGUUCAAAUUACUUGUGUUACGAGCAGGAAGAAGGUCAUGGAGCUUAUUCUCUUCGCUCUGAAUAAUCUUAUCGAGUGAUUUGUCAAAUAAUUCCUGACGGCGAUCUGAAGUUUAUUUAGGCCUGAUUCAGCCAAUGUCUCAGGGAAAGAUGAUGCGCAUUGCUCGCUUUUGUACUCCUUCAAUCUCGUUGGAAAGGUACGUGGGGAGACCGUCAUGGGAGACAGGACAUGCAUUCUCCGUGAUCGAACUAAUACAAGUGCUGAAAAGCUGCUCCAACUCACGGAUACCAAGACCAGAUCGUUUAAGUUAUGUCACAGUAAUAAUUUAUGGCAAUGGACAGUUAUGUGUCUAUUAAACUUAUCUUACGUCACUGACGUCACCAAAAAUAGAAAAAGAAAAAACAAGAACCUAACAGCUGAGUGAUCUCGUCAUAGAGACAAAUAUUUAUGCAUUCACAGGGGCUAUAAUUCAAGAUGAUAGAGGCCAGUUUGAUGACUGAAACAUCCACUAGCCUUUUAAAAGCCUGUAAGGAAAAUAACUGGCUAUAUUCAGGAUUAAUUUAUAUCGGAAACAAUAGCAGAAGUAAAAAGACUUUUACAUAAGAAGCGCAGUUAUAAACUAGUAGACUUUAAGAUUCACUUUGUAGACUACAAGCAGUCUGAUCUUUUCGGCGAAGUUCGUCACGCGAGGAAAAUAAGCAUCUGUGAAAAGAAAAAUGAUUUUAGUGCGCCACGGAACUCUAGAAGUGAGGUGCGCAGACAUCCGUUUUUUCUACUGAUUUUAUUCCUUUACUUGCGCGAUGGACUUCGGCGAAAAGGGGGGGACUGCUCGUUGUCUAUUCCUCCUGAAACCUGAUUGAAAACUGUGCGCGACUUGUGUAGUAUUUGUAACGAUCACUCGAAGUUCUUAUCUUUGACAUAAUCUCCAUCAUGGUAUUAACCUGUUCAUAAUCGGAAAGCAAUGCAAUUCCGUUCUCUCAUGUAUUUACUAAUAUGCGCUCGUCUGGCUUAGCAAAUUAAGACAAGCGUAUAUAUGAGAACUUAAUUGUCAACAUUCUUGUCUUAUAUCUUAAAUGUACAUAACUUUUGUUGAGUUAAAUUUGGUUUAAAUAUCAGUUAUUUCUUUAACUUUCCAAAUAAAAUUAACUCAUCGAUUAGUAUAUUUCAGUUACAUCUGUUGAUAAGGGCUAAAUAAGAUAUUAUUUUCAACCGAAGUGUUACCAAAAAACUGAAUGAACGCAAAUUGUAACUACAUUACAAUCACUUUAUAUAAAUAUUCCUUAGAGUUCAAUAUUGAAGCUUUGAUUUUCCUGUUUCAUGAUGAAAUGGCGCCUUAAUGUCUUAAGGCCCGGAUAUGGAUUGAUUCUCUAAAAUGGAAAAGCGGGGCUAUACGACUCAAUUAAAUACAAAGGGUUCAUGAGUUCAUAGCAAGGAGUUCUCUGUAUAAACUGAUGAAUGAGUCAUUCAUUUUUCAAUAUCUUUUCAUGAACUAAUCUUACUUCGUUUCAAAAGCUAUUACCUUUCGCCUCAGUCUCCCUGCCGACAGGCAUCUAAUUUUUUCUUAGUUGACAUUUUUUUUAAAACAAGUGUGAAACAAGAGAUUAAGGAAUAACUUAAGAAAAUCGUGUUUCCGACUGCCUGGCCUUUAAACAUUGUCCUUAGCCCGGUGAAACUCAAAUUAGUCUCUUAUAUCUUAGUUUAUUCCAAUCAUUUUAUCCGACUCAGCGCUGUAAAGUCGAGUUCAAGUCCUCUCGCGGCCUAUUAAAACUGUUUUUCGUAACAUGAUCAGUCUUUUCUAUAAUUUUUUUGGUAAAAAAUCAAAGCCUAUUGUAACUUAUUACGUAUGUUUAAUGAGACACCGUUCUUAAAAUAGCUGCGCAGUAUGACUUCGAAUUAAAUUUAGACUGUGAAAUAUGUCACUGGGAGGAUGCUUGUUUCAGGACGACUUCUCUUAGUUCAUCAACUAAGUUUUACUCUUUCCCUUUAGAUUUUUCAGGUGAAAAACCCAUCUUCAAUUCUUCAGGAGCCUCACGGUUUCUUCCAGUGUAUCGGAAAUUCUAGGCGGGUCCUACAGUUGCAGUUCGCCGCAUCGAACAUGGAGAAAGCAAAAGUACCUUGACACAUCUCCUAAACUGUCUGCUCUGAAAACAGUAGAUGAUCGGAUUAACAGCUGAGUUUAAAGUUACUAGGACAACGGUUGUCGUGUGAACUAUGUCGCCUUGAGAGUUUAACCCAUAGAAACCAAGAACAUAGGCAAUGAGACAGGGAAGCCAACAUACUGCGCAAACAACUGUCACGGUCAAGACCAUUUUCGUGACACGUUUGCGUGACUUGAUGACAGCGCGCUGUGAUUGUUCUACCGGUUGCGAACUUGAGACCCAGAGUUUAAAAACCACUCGGCUGUAAAGAAGCGUCAUAACAGACAACGGUAAAAUUCCGACUACAUUGAGCCAUCCAAGGCUAUAAGCAUUGAAAUACCAACCAGAGGGCCAAUCCUCGAAGCAAAAAUCUAAAUCCUCGUUGUAUUUCACCAACACAUAUACUGGAAGAUUCAAGAGGAUUGAAAACAGCCAACAGGCAGGUAUGAUGAAUUUGAGUUUGGCCUUUGUGAUACGUUUUUUCUCGUCGUGUGGGUACAACACCGCAAAAUACCUUUCAACUGCAACAGCAAUCAGUGAUACCACUGAGACCACGGCCCCGGUCCAUAACAGGUUCCCUCCGGUUAGGAACUUGCAGAGGUAGUCCCCGGUGUGCCCCGUCGGGUGUUGGUACGUGUGAAUUAGGAUAUACCGAGGGAUCACAAAUAUAGCUACCACCAUAUCCGCGCAGGCGAGAUUCACCAACAAAUAAUUCAUGGCGCUUCUCAUUAGCCGGUUUCUCAGGACAACAAGACAGACCAGAGAGUUACUGACGAGGCUGAUUAGCACAAGAAACGAGAAAGCCACACGAAGGCUGAUUUCCGCCGCUUCUGUGUCAGUGAAAAGCGACAUGGUGUUUUUUUGAAACCAAUACUUUGCUGAGCAAAUCAGAUCUGAAAAUAACAAGGAAACGAAUGGUUAAUAAUGUUUUUGCCUUAGUGUUCAGAAUAAACAUUCUACGCUAAGUAAAUCAUGGGUUCUAUGAAGUUCUGUUUUAUUUGGUCGAUUCAUGGGAUAACUAACAUCAAGAGAGGAUAAGGCUCUCUUGUUAAUAAACAUUUUUCUGCUCUAACGUGUUUCCAAAGGCAUCACCUUAACAAAACCAAGAAGAUUAGCAUGCGGAAAGUUACGUGUAAACUAAGGUUCUGCGCCAUCCGCUGUCUGAGUUGACAAAAAAAAUUUCAACACAUAAACCAGUUAAAAAAAUUGAUGAUUUAUUAUUGUUUACACGAACCUUAGAGCUCCUUUGCUCGAGAACAGGUUUUCUCAUGUUCAGUGAAGUAAUCACUGUGCCGCUUUUAUACUUCAGCAUUUAGUAUUUUUUAAACAAUACUCUUUUGUGUAAUUUAUAUUCGAGUUAGAGAUGCACAUCACAUCGUCAAACAGUCCUGAAACACGAAAUGUUAAGUUGAGUCCGACCAGUUCCCGCAAAGAAGAGAAACGUUUGAAUCAGACUGCUGUAACAUGUGUCUUAGCUCUGACGAAAAAGAAAAGCCACCUUUAGAAAAUUUUCACGGUGGUCAAUUUACAUUGGGCUUUUUCUCCGGAAAGUAAAGCGCGGCUGGCGCCAAAAAUUGACCUCAUUUGCACAUGCCGUAGUUUUGGCCGCUGUGUUGUUUUAGACACCAAUAGAUAUUUUUGAUCUGCUUACCUUUUGUAGAAUGUGUAAAAUAUAAAAUGUUCUUGUGUAACAGGGAACUGUUGAACAGAGAUGAUUGCAAAGCGAAACUGAGAAAAGCAAAUUGUGAAGAUAAUGUUCGCUUGAGAAAAUUAAAGAGGGCGUCAAUAAGAUUGAUUACUAUGCUUACAGAUGUGAACAAGCUGUCACUUCUUUAGAAUAGCGUGCUCAAAUAUUGAUUAAAUGCAGUGGCUAUUAAAACGUCACGUUAAAUACAGGCUCUUUUAAUUGGUCCAGCAAUGGACUAAAGCUGGGUGUAGCUGCUUUUUUCCAGCUUCUAUGGUUUUUAAGAGGUAGAAAAAUUGAAAAAAAGCUUUCGGAAGUUGACAAUAGAAAAAAAAUGAAGCUCAGUCUUAAAUGUGUCUGAAAAUUCUAAGAAAUUUGAUAUAUCACGGGCGACUCAAUAUGGCAGCAUUUUCACCUCAGUAUUUAAAAUCUUCAUAUGCACCAUGAAAUUUCCCGUCGUUUCUGCAGUAACUUUUUUCGUAAACUUAAAACUUUUGACAUGAUAAAUAUUUCAAUUGUGUCCCAACACUUAGACGCUGUCAUUUUCUUGAAUGAAAUUAAUACUCGGCAAGCAUCAUCUAUUACCACCGGCUAAAUAGAGCAGGCAAAAGUCACUUAUUUGUAUAACAAAUCUAAUGGUUAAAACACUAAAAAGGGAUUUGACGCAAACUUUUGACUAGUAACCAAGAUGAACACUUUCCAUAUUACAAAUUAAUAGGACUUUCAAUUGUCUGUACAUCAGCGGCUGCUGCGACAGGCAGACGCAACAUUUAAGUUCGAAACUGAUAUGCAUCGGCAACCUAAUUAAGGGAUGUUUUAUAAAUGGGCAGUCUGUGUACUUAUUUAUAAUAACAAUCUUCUUCUCGCUGGAGGAUACGUAGUAAAACGACAGCUUUUGUAAGUGGGAAAAGCAAUACAUGUAUUUUUUCGCGUAAGCCGGUUUAACCAAAUUAAUUUACCCAAGAUAAAGAGACUAGUAAUUAAUUUAAAUUUUUUUCGCAAAUAUUCGUUUUAUGUGAAUAUGAUUCACGCGCAACAUUUUUGGCCGACUUCCCUGCGGCAACCAUUGUGAAGAUUUUUACCCAAACUAGCAACGAACUGAAAAGGCGGAAAAAAACUUUGGACUCACCAUGUGUUAAAAGCCUGUAUAACACUGUUCAAACAUUGUGGGUCUGGUUAAUAGCUGAGAUAACAGAAAUAUCCUUGCGUUCUGUAAUCUACAUCUACCAGUUAUCAUAUCUACACUUCCUUAUUCACAGAUUGUAUCAUUAACUGACUUGUUUUGCAACUUAUUUUGUGGGCGUAGAACACAUUGUAGUAAUGGUAUACUUGUAGGUUUGUGAGCGUGGCUGCAGCACUGAAAACGUGACACAUGUACGGUGAAUAAGUUUUGGGCAGAAACGAUUCACAAAACGGACGCAUUGACCACGACUCUUUAAGCCCCGCAAUGGAGAAGAACUUGCAAUGGUGGACCGAGGUUGCAGUUAUCAUAACAGUAUUCAUCAUAGGGCUUGUAGGAAACAUAUUUGUUCUUAUCAUAGUUAACGAGAGAAACGCCAGGAAGACAAUUCAUGGAACAUUUGUUACAAGUCUGGCUAUUGCAGAUUUGGUUUUGCUGUGUUCGGAUUCGCCUGUUUCUAUUUUACAACACUUCAGCCUUACGUCUGAAACAUACAACUGCAGAGUACAUCUGACUGUUGUUACAACCGGAUACAAUGCAGGACUUUUCACCAUCACAUCCAUGGCGAUCUAUCGGUGCCAUGUUGUAACAAAUCCUUGGAGGCCAAAGCUAAAACGAAGAGGUGCAGUAAUAUGGGUGUCUUUCGUGUGGCUGGCAGCUUUUAUUUUUGUUAUUCCACUCAUUGUUGUUGGUAAAAUAACAAAAGAUGGCAAAUGUAAAGAAGAUUGGCCUUCCCUUGCUCAUCGCCAGGCAUACACCGUCUCACUCCUCACAGCACAGUAUAUUUUACCGCUGCUGAUUACGGCAAUUUGCUACAUACGAAUAUGGCUUUUUAUGAGAAAUCGACCGGUGUUUCCGAGAAACAGCAAUUUAUUCACUAACAGACGGAUCCCAGGAGAAGAAAAUACAAGAGAGAAUGUGAUAAUACUGAAAACCGUAACAGUAAUUGUGUUCUUGUUUUUGGUGUUGUUGUUGCCUAAUCAAGUCGCGUGGAUGCUGUUGGAUUUCAGAAAUGUUUCCUAUGAAGAACUUUGGUUUGUUGCAGAUAUACUAACAAGACUCCAUAGCUGUCUAAACCCAGUCGUCUAUGGGGUGAUGAAAAAACAGUACCGUCGUAGUUACGUCACGUUUUUAACACGCACCCUGUGCUACCGUCACGUGUCACGUGUCGCGCAGGCGCCAACAUAG